AUGCAACUAAAAUUACGACGAGAUAAGUUCUCCAAACUGACUGAUGACGAGGUGUGCGUGUUAUUUUGUUUUCUGUGUUCUGACUCCGGUCCUCCUGACUUCGCUGACACAGAGUGGCUGGACUUGCUAAAUGUGAUGCGACAGAGAACUAAUCCUGUAACACGUGAGGAAGCACAGCAGACUCUGGACAGACUGAAGUCACGUGAUUACCUUUGGGAAGAUCAGGAUAAGAUAACGGAGGACACAAAGGAUGAGACAAUGUAUAAGAUAACAUCAAUAUUCUGUCAAAUACCAUUUAUUUACAGUAGUUAUGACACAGUCAGUGUGUACCUGAGAUCAGAGAGAUACAACAGAGAACCUGGAGAGAAGUGUGUCACUAGUCCUGACUGGAAUGAUGUACUGAUACUCCGUCUACAGAUGAGCAUACUGACUCACGUCACCAUGAAGGACACGAAGAUAUAUGAUAAAAUACACUGGAUAUUAAAUAUCCCAGAAAAUGAAAUCAAGAGCAGUAAAGAUGAACGAGAAAAAAUUCUAACGGAACUAAAAAGAGAAGGGGAGGCUGUACAUUACAGAGGAAGAUCACAGGACUGUGUAGAUCACGUGACGUGGCUCUGGAGAUACUGGAGACCUGACAUCGUGAGGUCCUGUAUAGGUCUGCAUCCACACAACGACAUUUACAUCAUCGACAACAAAGCUUACAGAAAACCAAGUGAAAUUCUUAGUUAUCCGCCGGAAGUCAGAUGUCUACUGUAUUGUUUACUGUUAAGUGAUCAAUAUCGGCUGAAUCUCAAUGAACAAUCUCACAGAAUCAUAAGGGACAAAAUCAGAGAUAGAUGUUUUAUAGAUCUAAAUGAUGACGAUUUGGUAGAUCUUCCUGAUGGAAUCACAGAGACUCAUAAAGGUGUUAUAACCUUUAUAUCAGAGGACAUCCGACAUGACGUCAUGUACGCCUUUGUUACGGAGUGUCUGGUGGAGGACAGUGAUCUGGAGUUUUUCCUGACCACGGUGUCACGUGACGUGAUCUCAGAAUACUGCCGGACCUGGUGGUAUACGAAGAGUAAGGGAGAGAGAUGUCUGUAUUUACCGGACAGUCCGGAGAAAUUGUACUACCUCUUCAUAGACAAACUACAGCUGGACAUCAUCACACACUGUACUGUGUCUGACAGGGGGAUUCAUGGAAGGAUCAGUAGACUUUUGGGAGUCCCUAAAGAAAUACUGAAAUGGGACCAGGAGGCAAGAGAGCGGUAUGUGGAGUACGCUAAGAGAGGAACACAGAAAGUCCACCACGCCCGGGGGAUGAUUGUAGGAUGUGCUGGGGCUGGGAAAACCACGCUGCUAAAACGUCUGCUCGGAUGUAGUAAAGAAGAGAUUGAUAAUGUAAAAUCUACUGAGGGCUUGGAGGUGCAUGAGGAAAUAUUUGAUAUAUGCUAUGAAACAAAAUCAAUUAAAGCAAGGAAAGUAAACACAGACGAUAAAAAUAAAGAAUGUUCUGCAACAAAUAUAGACGAUAAGACAUUGACAUUCUUUGACUUUGGAGGACAGUGUGCGUACUACGCAUGUCACCAGAUUUACCUAACCAGGAGAGCUUUCUAUGUAGUGGUGGUAGACGCCUCUAAAAUCCUUGACCAGAAAGUGGAUAAGGCAGUUUGUGAUCAAGAUGGAAGCGUUUUCUGCGGAUGGACAUAUGGAGACUAUUUUGUUUUCUGGAUAAAGUCAAUCCAUACAUAUUGUGGUUCUGACAAUGACAAAGUUCCUAAACCAACCGUCCUUAUUGUGGCGACUCACUGGGAAGAAAAAAACAGACAGUAUCAGGUAGGCCUAAAACAGCCAGAAGUUCUCUAUAAUCAGCUUACCUACAUGUACCUAUGA